UAAACAGUGCUUUCAAUAACAGCAUCGACAGCAUUUGCUUCAGUUGGCGAAGUGAGAAUUAGAGCUCCGUUAGGUAGCUGGUUUAAAAACCAAGCAUACAAACUUCAGUGCAGAGUCAUUCUUCUUGAACCGAUGAAAUCGCAGUAGUUAGUUAGCUAGCUAGCUAGCUCGUGCAAUGACAGAAACGCUAAAUUGGAUAGCACGACUUGCAGCAGGCGGGUGAAGAGUGGAGAGCACAGCAAUGAUUUAGCUGGGUAGCUAGCUAAUGCAACACGGCCAGGAACCGUAAAAGUUACAGCAUUGCUUUGAUUCGUUGUCAGCUAUUGUAGAUUAAUCACUGGCAAUAUAUAGAUACUUAAACAUAACUAGCGUUAGCUGUCAAUUCGUGUUGACCAACUAGUAAACGGCUUCCGAUGAUACCAGUGCGUUCUAUUGCGAUGUUAACUGAGAAUAUGGCAUUUUUUUCAACGUCGGAUAACAAGCCAGCAAAUCAAUACCACAAAUCCUUGAACUGGCAUGAUUCUAGACUGGUGUACCCAAGAUAAAUUCAACCAUUUCAUAUUCAGGAUGAAUCCCUGUGAUUGAAACAGGGAGCGGGUCAAUAUAUUGAGAAUUGAUUUUGUUGACUAAGCUAUCUGGAUAAUCGUCUCGUUGUGCGGCGAUUAGCUAGCUAGUGUUUUUCUUGGAUUGCUAGUUGGCUAAGAAUGAAAAAUUUUGCCAUCUCAUAAUCUUAUAGAUUUUUAUUUAGACAAGGCAACUUGAAUUAUUUUGAGAUCUCUGUUAUCAUUUUUGUCAUGAUUCCAGCCAGUGCGGUGUCAGAUGGAAGCUAGCUUGAAUCGUGGCUGGCUAGCCGGUAGUUAUACAAAUGCAACGAAUGAAGGAAAAUAAAUAACUGCACACUGAACAUUCAGAUAAAGGACGGUUUGAUACGUAACUUGAUAAAAAAAUUGUUUAAAAAAAAAAAAAACUUGCCCGACGUCAGGACCUCCUGAAAGGGCAAUUAUGUGGAACUCGGGAUCUACAACGCUGCAAUUCUUUGUCAAAGUCCUGAAACAUACGGCUGGAAGAGGGCACAUUCAGCUGAGUCGCUGGCUACAGAGAUCAUCCCAGGAAUCCAUGGACUGUGAUAAAAUCGAUAUACUAAUUUGCAACGCGUUUGAUGAGCGAGGCGCAGGUGGAAAGUUGGAUGUGGACUUGGAGAGUGACAUCAACAACGAAACGGGGAUCUCUUUCCUCGGGGACGUAAGACAUCCGUGCUGUAUCACCACCUGUUGUUUCAAAAGUGCUGUACUGGUGUGCAUUUUGACGGCGGUCUGCUUCUCGUCGGUGGCCCUUGUCCGCCAGUACCUCAAGGACCUUCUUAUUUGGGUAGAGAGUUUGGACAGCCUGGUCGGAGCUCUGCUCUUUAUCGUUGGGUUGAUUUUAGUAUCCUUUCCUUGCGGGUGGGGAUAUAUAGUACUCAACGUGGCUGCUGGAUACCUGUAUGGGUUCGUAUUGGGCAUGGGACUGGUGAUGGUUGGGGUACUGAUUGGGACCUUCAUCGCUCAUGAGGUCUGCAAGCGGGUAUUGACUGACUGGGUUUUAACCAAGAUUGGAAACAGCGAACAGCUGAGUGCUGUCAUAAGGGUUGUGGAGGGAGGAAGUGGACUUAAAAUUGUGGCCUUAGCAAGACUCACGCCAAUACCCUUUGGACUCCAAAACGCAGUGUUUUCGCAGGUGAAGUACGCCCCAGCGAAGUGCACCCUCUGGCAUUUGGAGAGGACACCGCCUUCGUCAACCGGCGCCUUUCUGAACGAUGAGAGGGACGCGAUACGAAAGCCUCGUCACCGAGCCCCUAUAAUGUUUUGUGUCAGGCCCACGUUUUUACGUUUUUAGCGUACUGUAAACGUUUUGCUGCAUUAUGCAAUCUCUGUUUGUGGUUUACCUUGUGCCAUUUCCCCAGCUAGAUUUUUUUGCUGCAGUUUCAUUAAAAUGCUCAGCGGCUUACAACCCACUUUUACCUUCUUGCGUGUUUUUUUUAGCCAGCACGUUGGCAUCAGCCAGCUUUACCUCAGUUUGCGUAGGCUGCUACUUGAAACACAAGCACCAGAUUGAAACCUUCCAGAAAGUACAAAAUAAGGAUUAAAGAAGUUAUUUUGACAACUGGCAAGUUGGAAAUAUUUUGGUAUUUCAUUGUCAAGUUUUUAAAAUGUCGAUAUAUUAUAUUUGAAAGCCUAGUACACGGGCUCUCUGUCAGACCAGGGAGUCUCCCUCGUUGUGUUGGGUUAGUUACCACAAACAUCAAACAAUUUGAUGGCAUUGCCUUUGACAGUAUUUGACGAUGGCUUUUCUUUCCCCUGGCAGAAAAGAGACGGGAUUAACAGUCCUGAGAGUCAUCGCUAGCAUCUCCACAGAUGCUCAUUCUUCUCAUGAAGUCGGUUAAUAAUAAGCGAGGUUCUCUCUCAUUCUCUCUGAGUUUCGGUUUCAGCCCUGGGGCAAUUUUCAGGCAAAGCCCGUUUUCGUGCCUCCACGUUUACAGCCUACCCGAUAGCAUAAAACGUGCUGGUAAUCUCACCUUUGUAUCUCCGUUUUUAUAACCAGCACGAAGGUGUGGCCCGUGGGCACGACAGCCACGUCGGUGGGUAAUGUCCAGACUGCUUUCAGUAAGCACAUUCUGUGUGAGUACCUACAUUUUACUGUAGCCUGAACUUAUUUCAGCUGAAGCAGAAAUAAUGGAUAAUGAAGCACUGCGGUAUCUUUUAUUAAGGAUAACCCAAAAUGCUUGGACUGCAAAAUGGGGCUGGUCCUAUAUCCUGUAAUACUGUAUACCACACUAUAAAAGUACCAGUGGUGUUAUUUCAAUAGCAUCCAAGCCAGUUUUUAGUGCACCAGUUUAUAAUUUUAUUACCAUUUUAGAAGCGUUCCUUUAAAUCGCAUUUGUUUGUAAAGCACUACCACCAUUUACAAAUAUAACAUUGUGAUGCAUACGGGUGAUGACGUGGCAUCUAAUUACUAUUAAUAUGUUAGAAGUGAUCCUGUUGGCUAGCGGAUUAGACAGGAGUAAUGCGACAAAAUGGAGGCCCAAGAUUUGGUUGCUUAAAAAAAGGGACGGCUUCAGUGUGGCAGAAAAUUUGCUGUACGCCACAUAAAGAAAAGCCCCAAGAACCUGCUGACUUCUGCGACGGCAGAAGAAGGAUACACGUUAAACUUCUGAGUGUGUCUUCCUGCUCAUUCCGAAGAGCAGAAAAAUAAAAUGUCAGGAAAAUAGAGUUUAAAAAGGGACAAACCUGCGGCUCAGCGUAACUGGGAUUGGGAUAUGUACCGUGGGCCAAGCUUGCGUGCAGUCUGCCAGGCAGUGAGCAGAACAAACCCAACUCGACUUGCCAGGAAGGGGAAUGCAGUUUGAAGCAACAUGUCAGCAGCGAGUCUCACCGUGAAGCUGUCUCGCCCAUUAAAUACAUUCAAAUUCCGAGCACCGGUAGGCACUUUUGUGCUUGCAGGCAGGUAGGCCGCGUGCCUGCUCUGUGCACAGCUGGGUGUGCCGCUGCUUGCUGCGGGUUUGCAGACGUGCCCAUUCAAACACUCUGGGGCAUGCAUGAUUAAAUCCAGACCAUGCCAGUGCUGGCUUUGGCCAAUGCCCCAGAGGGUGACGCGUGACUCGCGAUUGCGUCACCCAGGUUUCGGGAGGGUUCAGUCAGUUGGAGGCCCACGUUUCAUGGUUGUCUAGCGACCCCCCCACCCCCCCCUCCCCUGCUGGUUGAUCGGGAGCCCUCCACUGCAUGCCAGUGCUGCAUAUGAGAUGUCUUCCUCUGACUCAUCACUGUGUGAGCUUCGCUCUGGGCUGCGGUGUGAAAAGAAGCAUCUGGUUACGCCACGUGUUUCGUCGGAGAACUGCAGAUGUCUUCACUCUGCCGAAUCGGCAGAUAAGAGGGAUACGCAGCCACAAAUAGUUAAUAGGAUAUUACAAAUUAGGAUGGGAAUUGGACACGCUCACCCCAUAUUAUUAUUUUUAAAAGAUUUAUAGCUUAAUAGCACAGUAUUUGUCACUGAUGAUGGUGUGAAAAUCUGGAUAGCACCCAACACUACUGCAAGGCUAGCAGAACGAUCUCUUGGCAGCCGUUGACGGGCAAAGCACAUAAUUGUGACCUGGACGACAUAAAGUGUUAUUAUAUACUAAAUUAAUAUUCCUGUCCCCUCCCCGUCUUCGGAGAACUGUGUAAUGAAACAGAAGUGGGUCAUGAAUCUUUUGACUAGAGAAUCAACAUUUAAACGUGCAGCGUUUUGGUUUAAUAAUUAGCUAGUAAAAUCUGUUUUGUUUCCACGUGCCCCCCCCCCCCCCAGGUCAUGAGCCCUUCGUUCCAAAGUAAAACGUGGCGGUACACCGUAGCAGGCAUGCGUUACAUCUCCAAGGAAAAAAAGAGAUACCCUUAGGUGCACAGCGCUGAAUGCUCCCAAACAGGUUUACAAGUGCAAUCGUUGCCGACUUCAGCUGUGCGAUCGCACGGUUGUGCUUUUCUUUAGGCUUUCAGUAAAAUGUUGCUUGUAGUGUUUAACCAGCUUUUCCACAUCAGGCUGCUUCAGACCCCCCAGCACCUGUCAAAUUUUUUGAGAUAUGUGCCGCCUUCUCUGUCCUGUCACCCCAGAGGAACCAAGAUGAGCUUUAAAAAUCAGCACAGCCUGUACGUCCCGUGGCGCAGAGUAGCGUCAGCUUCUGGAAUGCUGCGGAAGGAACAGGACACCGCUCCAUCAGUCAGGUCACGCUUGGAGCCGGUGCAGAUGUAAUGAAAGCCGGAACGCGCGGCCUCGGGCAUCGUUCCAGAAUAUUCCAUAAACGCUCCAUUAGGUUCAGAGGGUGACUGAGAAUGAGAAUUAUUUGCUGCAGGAAUAAUGCCCGUUCCCUGCUCCGUGGACCAUUGGCUGGAUACCCCUGUGCUGUGGAUGCAUUAAAUAACAGAAGAUACCUGCCUUGCAUUCCAAGGGGGUAUACACCAUGCCAGAAAAAUGCG